AUGGAGGGGGACACACACUUACUGAGGGAGAUCAGAGAACUGCGUUCAGAGAUCAAGAAGCUAGAGAAAGAGAACCAAGAACUCAGAGGAGAAUUAAGUCAAGUUGGACACAAUACGAUAUGUGACAAGGAACGAGAGCUGAGAACUGGCAUUAGGUGUGACCAGGCACAAAAGGAAGAGGUGAUGUGCAAAGGCCUGCUACGCAGAAAUGUGUCCGUCCAAUCCGCCGACCUUCUGCAAGAACAGACAGGCACUGCAAUGACUGUCCGUCGGUAUUCUAUGUCCUCUCUCCAUUCAAGCUCUGAACACUGUAAGCACAGUGAACACCUGAAAAGACGUUCAAGUAGUGAAACACUACCAGGACCAAACCAGAACCAAAAGUCUGACACUGAUCUUCAGUUAGCCAAAGAUGAGGAAACUGCUGCUGAAAUGCUGGUUGUGAAUAUCCCCAAGACGAGAUCAUUCCAGCAAUAUAUGCACAAGUGCAGGGGCAGAGUAAAGGCUGUCACUUUUAUGCUACCGAUGGAUAUGAGAGAUUAUGGUGAAAAUCAAAAGACUUUCCAGGCUCCUCCAAAUCAAAGCGCAAAUCACUUGAGUACUAUAAUUGAAAAGGAUCCAUGA